CGAGGCCCCCCCCAGUUGGGCGAGUCUGAGGCUGCGCGGCGGCGGCUCUGUUUCCGGUUCUGCUGCGGAAGGAAGGCGGAGGUGGAGGCGGCCGCAGGGAACCGUUGGAGCGGCCCCGGGAGCGGGAGUGGGGCCGAGGUCGGGGUCAGUGCGAGCGGCUGAGGCGAGGGGCCGGCGAGAUGGGCGGGGAGCAGGAAGAGGAGCGCUUCGACGGCAUGUUGCUGGCCAUGGCCCAGCAGCACGAGGGCGGUGUGCAGGAGCUUGUCAACACCUUCUUCAGCUUCCUGCGACGCAAAACAGACUUCUUCAUCGGGGGCGAGGAAGGGAUGGCCGAAAAGCUCAUCAAAGAGACCUUCCGCCACCACAACCAGUUGGCCCAGAAGGGGCGGCGAGAGAAGCAGGCACGGCAGGAGGCUGAGAGGCGAGAGAAGGCCGAGAGGGCAGCAAGACUGGCCCGGGAGACCCAGCAGGAGGCCUCUGGGCCCCAAAUCAAGGAGUUGACAGAUGAGGAGGCAGAGAGACUCCAGCUGGAGAUUGACCAGAGGAAGGGCAAGGAGAACAGUCAGGGAGAUGGACCAGCUCAGCCCCUGAACAGCUCUUCCAACUCCUCUGGGAAACAGGAGGAUGAUGACGAGGAGGAGGAAGACGAAAAGGACAAAGGGAAACUGAGGCCUAAUGCAGGCAAUGGAGCUGACCUCCCCCAGUAUCGGUGGACACAGACCCUGUCCGAGCUGGAUCUGGCCGUGCCCUUCCCUGUGAGCUUCCGGCUAAAGGGCAAGGACGUGGUCGUGGACAUUCAGCGGCGGCAUCUGCAGGUGGGGCUCAAGGGGCAGCCCCCACUCAUCGAUGGUGAGCUCUGCAACGAGGUCAAGGUGGAGGAGAGCUCUUGGCUCAUUGAAGACGGCAAGGUGGUGACUGUGCACCUGGAAAAGAUCAACAAGAUGGAGUGGUGGAGCCGCUUGGUGUCUAGUGACCCUGAAAUCAACACCAAGAAGAUCAACCCAGAGAAUUCUAAGCUGUCCGAUCUCGACAGUGAGACCAGGAGUAUGGUCGAGAAGAUGAUGUACGAUCAGCGGCAGAAAUCCAUGGGCCUGCCGACCUCGGAAGAACAGAAGAAGCAGGAGAUUCUGAAAAAGUUUAUGGAGCAGCAUCCAGAAAUGGACUUUUCCAAAGCCAAAUUCAACUAGCACCUUGGCACCCCCCAACUUUCUUUCCCUUGGGAUCCUAUGCCCCUCCUCCCCCUUGCCUGACCUCGGGACACCUUUUCCGCCUGGAGAAGGGAUUGUAAUGCAGGGACAGGCACAGGACCCCUAACCCCAGGUUGGGCCUUCAGCCCCAAAGGUACCUCCCAGGACUGUUCCUGGAGCCUCCAAGGUGGGAGGAGAAAGCUUGUAAUCCCCACUCUGCCUGUUACAGAAGUAAAAGAUCGUUUGACCCUGA